AUGUUCUGGCGCUUUGGGGGAUAUGCAAGUAUCUCCACCAUCGAUACCCUUCUUGACAAACCUGAAGUCACCCUCGAGGACCUACUGGAUGAGCCGGAAAUCAUUCAGGAACUGAAACAGCAUAAUACAAAACUCAUAGAAUAUCUGCGCGAGGAUCAUGUCUUGAAACGGCUUAUGGACUAUGUCACUGCACCUAGCUUGGUGAAUGACGACGAAGAAAAUGAUGACGACGAAUCCCACGAAAAGAAUGCCUCUCCGGCUGAAGGCGCCACGACUGAACCGACAGACCAGACCGAUACUGAGAAUAAGGAAGAAAAGGCCGAGAAGGAGUCUGACCCUCUCAAGGAUGUCCUAGACCCGGAAGAUUUGGACAAGGUCGAGAAGGCUCGUCUGAAGCAUGCCUACGUGGCCUGCGAAAUCCUCUCCUCGGAGACCUGGUCUAUCCUGGAGUCCAUGAUGGCCAACCCCGCUUACCUGCGCGACUUUUGGGGCUUCCUCCGAAGGCCUGCUCCAUUGGACUCCCUGCAGGCUAGCUAUUUCACCAAGGUGAACGAGACCCUACUUGAUAAAAAGACGGAGGAGAUGCUGGAAUUCCUCAAGUCGCUAGAUGGAAUCGUGGCGGCACUGCUGCAACACGUUGAUAAUCCCAUGGUUAUGGAUCUUCUGUUGAAGAUUAUCAGCUUAGAAAAGGCCGAAGGCGGCCAAGGAACGGUGGACUGGUUGCAGUCGCAGGACUUGAUCCCGAGUCUCCUUUCAUUCCUGUCUCCAGAGCACCCGGGAUCCGUGCAAACAUCAGCGGGUGAUUUCUUGAAGGCGAUCAUUACCAUCUCCGCAAACGCAACCCCCAAUGACCAGUCCUGCAUUGGUGGCAACCCAUUGACCGUGGGUGUGGGCAUCGUCAUCGAAGUCAUUCGCAAGAAUAACUCCGAUUAUGAUCCAGAGCAGAUGGGUGGCCCGGAUUCCAUACCGACGCCUUACGAUCCAAUUUAUCUCGGACACCUCCUUCGCCUCUUUGCGCAGCAUAUCCCCGAUUUCAUGACCCUCAUACAAAGCUCCAAGCAUGCUGUACACGACGGCGUUUCACUCAAGUCUGUUGACCGUGGUCGCUUGAACUCCGCGUGGGGCGCUAGUAUCGAGCCGCUUGGCUUUGAUCGUUUCAAGACAUGUGAGCUGAUGGCAGAGUUGCUGCACUGCAGUAACAUGGGCCUUUUGAACGAGCCUGGCAGUGAGGAUUAUGUCCGGCAUCGCAAUGAGGAGCGCGAUAGGUUGAUCCGCGAGGGCGUGUUUAACCCGCAGCGGGAUGAGCAGUCAGGCAUGGAUUACAAUGAUACCACUGCUGAUUUCACCAAUGGCUCGGUCAUGGACACUGGGUCGCCCGAGGCUCUCAAGGCUCGUGUUGUUGAGGAUGAGGGCUUCGAGGAUGUUGGUGCCUCUGGCGUUCUGGUCGGUGAGAAGGGCGAAGAGAAGGAACCCAUCCCGCAACCAGAGUCGCAACAGCCAUCCGAGUCAAACGCCGAGCCCUCUGUGGAAACGCCAAAGACAGAGGCAGACACACCCUCAUCGCCAAAGACCCCAACGACCGGUCUGACCGACCAAGUUGGUGAGAUGGAUCUUGGAACUCAAUCCUUGCAGGAGCAGCCGGCAUCUACGGAGAACGAGAAGGAGGAUGCGCCUGUUACUGCUCAGCCUGAAGAUGUACCCCCUCCAUUGUUUGCGGCGAAGGAAUUGCAGUCGGAACCUACUGCUCAAGCAGAGGGAGCUGCUGAGCCAACCCAACAGACACAAGAAACUCAGCCCGCCAAUGAUGGCGGAGCCGAGGAUCCUGCUGAGCAGUACAUUCAGUACGACACGGAUGGCCGUCCCGUGGUUGGAGAUUACUUGAAGAUUAUGUUUGUCGAGAACCAAGUGGUGCCAACCAUACUGGGAUUCUUCUUCCGGUUCCCGUGGAACAACUUCCUUCACAAUGUUGUAUAUGACGUGAUCCAGCAGGUCUUCAACGGCCCUAUGGAACGUGGAUACAACCGAGCUUUGGCCAUCAAUGUGUUCGAGACUGGCCAAAUCACGAACGCCAUUGUGGAGGGCCAAAAACGUAGUGACGAGGUCCAGCGCACCAAGCAGAUCCGUCUUGGCUACAUGGGCCACCUGACCCUGGUCGCCGAGGAGGUCGUCAAGUUCAGCGAGCGUCACCCGCCAGAGCUGCUCUCACGAUCUGUCAUGGAGUCCGUCCUGAACCCGGAUUGGAUUGACUACGUCGAGCAGACUCUUUCCGAAACCCGGGAACGUGACAACGCCAUCCUGGGUGGUGUUCGGCCUGAUAUGGCUGUCAACCCUCGUCAAGCCACAAUGAACACGUCCACAUCCAGCCAAGGAUUCAGCAACAACUCAUCUGCCUUGGCCGAUGCCGGGUUGAACGGCGGAAUUGGUGGCUCAACUUUCCAGGGCUUUGAAAUUAACCAGGGUAGCGUUUCUGGUGGAGCCUAUGGCGGCGGCGGCACCUCGCUUUUGAGUGGUUUUGCCAGCUCGAGUGAUGACGAGGAUGAAGAGAUGGAAGACCAAGAAGACCGAGAUGUUGUCGGUGCCGAUCAUGGCGAUUCCGAGAAUGUCUCUGAAAAUUCUACCAGCCAGCCCAUUCCCAUUCUGCCUCCACCCCCUGCCCCGUUGAGUAUGGGCCCCUCCAGGGCUCGGCGUCAGCUGGCAGCACGGCUUGCGGCCCAGAAACAGCAAGCAGCGGAGAACGCAGAUGGCGGAGAGGAAGGAAAUGUAGAGGAAGAAGGUCGGGAGUGGUCCUCCAACCCCUUUAUCAUUGCAGGAAUUGACGAUGAUGCCGAAGGUGGCAACUCGGCGUUCCCCAAUACCGAUUUCGCGUCCAAUGCGGAUCAGACGUUCUCCUCCACGUUCCCCGAGUCUGGAUUCAGUCCACCUGACUCGCUAUCCACCAACUCCUCCGACGAGGAAGGUGAUAGCCGCGCAGAAGGGUUGCGACGACGCGUUCGUGUCCCUCUCGAAGUCGAGGAAGAUGACGAUGACGAGAUGGGUGAGAUGGUUGGACCCAGUGCCAGCGGAAUGGUUGACUCGGACGACGAAGAUGAAGCCAUCAUCAACGAAUCUUUGGGCUACUCCAACCUCCCCGGCCAGACGCGGUACGGCGGUUUCCGCCGGCCGCGGGCUGUGAGUUCCCACUUUGACGAUGACCAAGACGAUAGCAGUGACGGUGAAGACGACGGCUUGGUAGAGAUUCUCGUUCCUGGCCGCAAAUCUUCAUCCUCCAACUAG